CGCACCCCUCCUAACGUAAUAUGAAACCCCCGCCACGUGACUUGUGUACACUUUCCCCAACGACCAAACAAGCCGAAUGGAGGCAGAUUUGAAACGCUCCACCUUUUGAGUUGUUACUGACCUCUAACUGAACCACAAAGUGUUUCUGAGAUGGACGUUGGACAGAGUCCUGCCAAGCGGCCGCGGAGGGAGCCGCCGCCCCGCCCCAAACAGCGCAGAACCUCGGCCAGGAGAAGCCUGGAGGUGUCCACCCACGCCAGCGCCAGGAAGAGAGUCCUGGCCUCAAAAGUCGGCCAGUCACGAAAACCACGGACGGCACUGUUUAAGUCUGCUGGGAAUAAGAAGAAAAGAAGGAGCCUGGUGAAUGAAGAACAGAUUAAAGGCAGAGGACUGCUGAAGCUUGCAAUCUACAAAAACUCUGGAUUUGUCACUGUUCACAUAAUGCAGGGGAAAGGACUGAUGCCCCGGGAGAGGAAAGUUUGUGACUCGUAUGUGAAGCUGUCCUUGGCUCCAGACAGUGAGAAGAGAACCAGAUGUAAGACAGAGAUUGCUCACGACACCAGGAAGCCAAACUACCAGGAAACUUUCUCACUGGAGAUCGGCCCUGAAGACAUCGGCAGACGACUGCAGAUCGCUGUGUGGAACAGAGACAAGCAGAAGAAGUGCAGUGAGUUACUUGGCUGUAUGUCUUUUGGUGUGGACAGGAUGCUGGAUCAAACUAAGGUGGUGAACGGCUGGUACUACCUGCUGGACGAGAAGGUCGGUGUCCACAAGCACCUGAAGGCCGUUAACAAGAAGGACAAGAAGAAGACAGCUGCCAGAAGACCCACGUUAACCUCUGCAGCCUCGGGGUCCACAUUACGGAGCCUGCCUGAGUCAGGAGGAGAGGUGUUUAACCUGCCACCACCCAAGAUCAACAGGGACGUGCAGUGGGAGCAACCUCAGCAGAUCACGAUUAUAAAAGAAUCGGGCAGUUUUGGCUUCACCAUCUCUAGUGCCAACCCUGUAUGUGUCAACUCUGUGGAUAAAGACGGAGCGGCGGCCCGUACAUGUCUAAUGGAGGGGGACAGAAUCCUGCGCCUCAACGGCAUCAACGUCACCAUGGUUACUGCUGACCAACUGGCUGCCCAAAUAAGGAGCUGUGAGGGCCCAGUGACCCUGCUGGUUCAGCGGUGUAAGCAGAGGCCUGAAGAUGACAACAAUGGGAGAAAUACUACACAGGCUUCCAGUCAGGCGGCAGACAAUACCUCGCAGCAUGAGCCAGCAUCGGCAUCUGCUAGCGCUAUGGCAGCAUCAGCGGCAGAUAGUACCCAGUUCACCAUGGACAGCACAGAUGUACGACUGGACACGCCCGACUUCACCUGUCCUUUGGCACCCUCAGACACCAGUUUCACCGCUGAGAUCAUAGCCAAUCUUAAUAAGAUAACCAUGGACACACCCACCAAGGACGGGCAUCCAGCCAAAAAAGACACCCAGGAAGAAAAGAUGGAGGAACAGGUUCCAGCGGUGGAUGUCCUGUGUCAGGAGAACCAGACGGCUUGCGUGGUUGAUGUGCUCCGAAGCAACACCACCCUGGCUGACUGUAGUAAUGUCACUACCAGAGGGGAGAGGACUGUCAAAAACUACAAGACCCUGUGCCAGUUGGAACAGUCCCGUCAGAAGGCCAUCCACACCAUCCUCAAGUCUGAGGAACAUUUCGCUGCAGCCCUCAGGAGUGGCAUGCAGAUGUACUUACCAGCUGUCAAAAAGCAGCUUCUUCCCAAGGAGCAUUAUGGGAAAUUGGUGGCCAACAUGGAAAAGAUGGAGGGACUGAGUCGUUACUUUGCCUCGCAGAUUGGAACCUCGGCAGAAAGUUGUCUGUCUGCCCCUCCUGAGGCACCUGUGUAUGUGGAGUCAGUCGGACACAUCUACCUGGGAAAGCUGGCAGAGCUGUGUGCUACAUUCCUGGGGUACCAGGAGGGUGUUCGCCAUGUGGUGAAGAACCUCACCAUCAAGAAACUGUCCCCCUGGAGCCAGACCUACCUCAACACACACACCUUCCUGUACAAACCUGCACAGCAUCUAAGCCAGGUGGCAGCUUUACUGGACACCAUACUCCGCUGUACUUCAACACAGCACCAAGACUUCCUGGACCUACAGACUGUCAUUAGAGCCCUGAAACAGGCCAUCAAAUCAGCGCAGGAGUCCACGAUGCGAUCCUCCACGGCUCACGACGGACCAAGCAUGGUCCCAGGUGCAAACCUGCACAAGAUACAGAAGAGCAUCACGUUUGCUAAGGGAGUCAAGCACUUUGUUGUGAACGUGCCAAAGAGAACUCUGGUACACUCUGGAGAAUUGACUCUGGUGGAGAAGAAGAAGACAACAAAGGUGUGGACCAUGCUGUUCAAUGACAUCCUUGUCUUCACUAACCUGAAGGAAGAAGGGAAGAUCUGUGUCAUCAGGGAGCCCAUCCCCAUGGAGUUUGUCCUGGUCAACACAGCAGAAAAUGAGUUAGAGUUCCACGUCACUCACUUGUCAAAGAUGAGCACCUUGAGAUCAAAGAGAGCGGGUCUCCAAGGCAACCAAACCGUUCUUCAAGCAUCCAGCAGGAGGGAGCGGGGCCUGUGGCUACAGAGAAUAGAGCAGUGCUCCUUGUCACUGCAGCAGAAGGAGACCGGCAAGGAGAAUCGACAGGAGCACUCGGACUGGAGCACAUGUGGCAUUGGGGAAAGAUGGGAUAUCGCUGCUAUGGCCAAGUACAUGCAGGACCAUAGUGAGGAGAGCUCCAAACUCGGGCUGUGCCCCCUCAACAUGGGUCUCAAUGGUAUCAUCCAAGAUGGCGGCUCCCCGCAGCCCAGCCCGUCGCCUGAGUCGCCCCGUGACAAGUCGAUGGAGCUGAACUCCCCUCACGUCCACUUCCUGGUGCCCAACGUGCCGCAUGAAACGUUCGAGGAAAACAUGGAGGUCGCCUGUCCGGAGGCGAACAACUCGGGCACGAGAAAGCGCAGGAUAUCGUUCCUGAAGAGAUCCGGCACCGUGAAGAAGCGGUCGGAUGAAAAAGACGGCAUCCUGCUGAGGCCACGAAGCCACUCUGCAGGAGUCCUGAAUAAAGGCGACGGACAGGAGAUGUCUGCCAGCCAGACUGCAGAGAGUCCAAUGUCGUCCAGUCAGCCAGACUUAACCGACCUCGGCAGACAGACUCGCAAGAAGUCCAGAAGCUUUGCCAAAGAGAUGAGGAGCAAGCUAGCAUUCCUGAGAAAGAGACCGGCGGCCAGUGUGUCCAUCCAUGUAGAGGACAUGAGUGCCAACACUGACAGGGUGCAGAGACUUGAAGUGGAGCAAGUCACCAGGUGGAGUGAAUCAUUUGAAGCUCUCCUGAAUGACAAAUGUGGAGUGCAGGCAUUCCAUGGCUACCUGAAGACAGAGUUCAGUGAGGAGAAUCUGGAGUUCUGGAUGGCGUGUGAGGAGUACAAACAGCUCAAGCCUUCCAAACAGGCGCACCGAGCCAAGAAGAUUUACAACGACUACAUCGCUGUGCAGGCCCCAAGAGAGCUGAAUCUUGAUGCGGAGGCAAGGGCGGAGACUCUGGCCCGCCUGACCAGUCCUGACGAGGGGACCUUCAAACUGGCACAGCGCAAAAUCGCCAUCCUCAUGGAGCGGGACUCCUACCCCAGGUUUCUGAGGUCCAACCUAUACCAGGCGCUCCGAAGUCAAAACAACACAUCCCAAAUUCUGAACCUCACAAGAUGAAGGACAUACUGGGACUUCAAAAACACAAGUUAACCUGAGGCUUUCUGCCCUGCUCAUUUGCAUCUGUUUUGCAUAUCCUUGAUAUUUCUUUCUUCACAGACAGGUCCUCUAAAUUUUUAACUUUCAAUCUGUAAGACUCAAUGUAGUUUGUCCUCAAAAUCAAACUCUGAAAAAAUACCUAUAUUAAACGCCAAUGAAAGUUGAUAGAACAAACAUAUCCAAUGUAGAUAUACAGGUUGGCUUGAAUGUUGUACAGGCUAGAUAAACUGUUGAUGUAAACAGGAAAACGAACAUGUAUAUAGUAGCCUUUUUCGGGGCACCACCUUCCAGUUGUUGGACGUUUGUAACUUUUAAAGCCAUGAGAGGAAGUAGAUUGUAUCAUAGCUUGCAACACUUGACUUGAUCCUGGAUAUGUACAACUUAAAUGCACCAUUUUCCAAUGUCAGUUUGAGCCAGAAAGCCAAGGGAUAUGUAAAUAUUGUGAGGCCUGUAAAUAUGCAUAUUUCUGUCUUUUCUCUGUAAAUAGUGACCUCUAUCUGUAGUUACCCUUGUACAUACAUGCCUAGAUACAGGUACAUGUAGUAUUAGUAUAUUCCUCUCCAAACUGUAUGUGUGUGUGUCUAGUUUUACUACUGUGGUACUAUAAAACUAAAAGUUGUGAGUGUUUGUGAUGUUGUUCUGUAUUUUAACCUGGAAAAGCACUACUAUUUUCUGAACAAGUAAGCAAGUGCAUGAGUAUGCCACUUUCCUGAAGACAUACACAUAGAAUCUAAACGGAACAUCGUUUUGUACUUACAAUGUGUGGUCUCUAUGAAAAAAAUCUUUUACACUGUACUGAGCCCGUCUAACUUGUAAAAAAUCUUACUCAAACAACUUUGAUGUUGUGAUUUUGUACACAUCAACAUCACAGAGAUGUGUUCUUCUGUCAGCAUUUAAACUUGUUUGUAACAACUGAACAAGAUACAAGCUUUUAUGGAAAGAUGAUGGAACAUACCCUUUUGACAAUUGAGUCGACCUGUUACUGAUAUUAAGUACUUACACGUAGAAAGCUAGGAAACAGGGACCAAAAAAUGUUUUGCGUAUCUGAAUUAAUGUAAAAGCAUUGAUAAUCUUCAGUUGUUAUGAUAUAAGAGCUUAGAGAAGAGAAUACACAAUGUGCAAGUCUUUGCCAAGAUAAUCAUGCCGAGUGAUUUAACUGGUCAGCCUUUUUGGAUUGCUGUUUUUACUUUUGAAUGUUGUGAUGUACAUGUAAGCUUAAACAUUGGCAUUACUGGCUUGGCAAUCGGGCAUGUAUUGUUCAUUGAAGAAACUUGGGUCAAAGCAGAAUUAAUAUUGCCAUUACCAUUGGUAGAAGUGACAUCUAAUGCCUGUCAAACUUCUCAGAUUGUUACAUACUGCCUAACCCAAUAAUCAUGUGCCAGGGUUGACUUGUCCAGUCUAAAUUGUAGUAGAUCAAAGGCCGCUUUAUUGCUUUUAUAUUAGUUGAAAAUUCACGUUUUAGUCCA